AUGGGGACAGCAAGGGGACCACAAGGCACAGCAUGGGGACAGCAAGGGGAGCACAAGGUACAGCUUGGGGACAGCAAGGGGAGCACAAGGCACAGCAUGGGGACAGCAAGGGGACUACAAGGCACAGCAUGGGGACAGCAAGGGGAGCACAAGGUACAGCUUGGGGACAGCAAGGGGAGCACAAGGCACAGCAUGGGGACAGCAAGGGGACCACAAGGUACAGCUUGGGGACAGCAAGGGGACCACAAGGCACAGCAUGGGGACAGCAAGGGGAGCACAAGGUACAGCUUGGGGACAGCAAGGGGACCACAAGGUACAGCAUGGGGACAGCAAGGGGAGCACAAGGUACAGCAUGGGGACAGCAAGGGGACCACAAGGUACAGCUUGGGGACAGCAAGGGGACCACAAGGCACAGCAUGGGGACAGCAAGGGGAGCACAAGGUACAGCUUGGGAACAGCAAGGGGACCACAAGGUACAGCUUGGGGACAGCAAGGGGAGCACAAGGUACAGCAUGGGGACAGCAAGGGGACCACAAGGUACAGCAUGGGGACAGCAAGGGGACCACAAGGCACAGCAUGGGGACAGCAAGGGAAGCACAAGGCACAUCAUGA